AUGGUGAAGGCAUCAGGGAAGAGGAAGCAGAAGAUAAAAUGGAGUAAACUGUAUACGUUUUCGUGCUUGAAUCCUCGCACUACAGAUAAUGAUGCACCAAAUCAACAGCUUCUUGGGCAGCCGGGGUUUUCGCGAGUAGUGUUCUGUAAUCAGCCUGAGCUGCAUAAGAUCAAGCCACACAAGUAUCCCAGCAAUUACGUGUCGACUACUAAGUACAAUUUCAUGACAUUCCUUCCUAGAGCACUUUUCGAGCAAUUUCGCAGGGUUGCCAAUCUGUAUUUUCUGUUAGGAGCAGCAUUAUCUAUUCCCAAGUUGGCUCCUUUUGGUCCUGCAAGUAUGAUUACACCCCUUGUAUUCGUUGUGGGAAUCAGUAUGCUCAAAGAAGCUAUAGAAGAUUGGAGUAGAUUUUUGCAGGACAUGGAUGUGAACUCCCGGAAAGUGAAGGUUCACUCAAGGAAUGGUUCUUUUGUUGAAAAGACCUGGAAAGAACUUUCUGUGGGGGAUAUUGUGAAAGUAAACAAGAACGAAUACUUUCCAAGUGAUCUCCUCUUGUUGUCUUCUAGCUAUGAGGAUGGUGUUUGCUACGUUGAGACCAUGAACCUUGAUGGAGAAACCAAUCUGAAACUGAAAAGGAGCUUAGAAGCAACACUUAGUCUGGAUGAUGAUGUGGAAUAUACAAAGUUCCAAGCCACAAUACAAUGUGAGGAUCCAAAUCCAAACCUCUACAGUUUUGUAGGAAAUUUGGAGUUUAAUAAUGGAACAUAUCCCCUGUCCCCAACCCAAAUUCUAUUAAGAGACUCAAAACUUCGGAAUACAGAAUACGUGUAUGGAGUAGUGAUAUUUAGUGGACCAGAUGCAAAAGCAGUGAGAAAUUCCACCAGAUCACCAUCGAAAAGGAGCCGCAUAGAGAGAAGGCUAGACUAUCUUAUAUAUGUUCUUUUUCUGUUAUUAGUUAUGAUGUCAGUAGUAAACUCAAUUGGCUCUGCAUUGGUCUUAAAAUCUGAAGCCGAUAUGUGGUGGUACCUUCGCUUGCAAGAAAAUGCUGAUUCACCACUCAAUCCAUCAAAGCCUGUAACGUCGUUUUUCUUGCAAUUUGUAAGGGCCCUCAUUUUGUAUGGUUACCUGAUUCCCAUAUCACUGUAUGUCUCAAUUGAAGUUGUCAAAGUUCUACAAGCCAUGCUUAUCAAUAAGGAUAUGAGGAUGUAUGAUGAAUUAUCAGGUAAGGCAGUGGAAGCCCGAACAUCAAAUAUAAAUGAGGAACUUGGACAGGUUGAGAUGAUCCUCUCAGACAAAACAGGAACCUUGACUUGUAAUCAAAUGGAAUUUAGGAAGUGUUCCAUAGAAGGAAUAUCUUAUGGUGGUGAAAUAAAUGAAGUUGAUCUUGCAGCUUCCAGAAGAAUGAAUGUUGAUGUAGAAAGGUAUAGGAUCAGCAUAGAUGGAUCAGAUUCCACAGGGGAAAGCAUUGAGAUGUUUGAGUACUCUGUAGCUGAAGCUGAUGCAAAGCAAGCUGUUUUAGGUUGUGAUCAUGCCAUAGAGAAUUCAGAUAUUGAACAUAGAAGAAUUCCUGUAUCAGGGAAAGAACCUAAUAUUAAGGGUUUCAAUUUCAGAGAUGAUCGCCUUAUGGACAAAAUGUGGAUCCACGGGUCAAAUGUACAUGACAUGAUAAUGUUUUUCAGAGUUAUGGCUCUGUGCCAUACAGGCAUUCCGGUUGAAGAUGGUAACAGCAGGAGACUGAAGUAUGAAGCAGAGUCCCCUGAAGAAGUUACAUUUCUAAUAGCAGCGCAAGAGUUUGGAUUUAAGUUCUGUCAAAGAACUCAGUCUGUGAUGUUUCUUCAAGAGCUCGAACCUUCUUCAGGAAUUGAAGUAAAGAGGGAGUACAAGCUUUUGAAUCUUUUAGAGUUCAACAGUGCAAGGAAAAGAAUGUCUGUGAUAGUAAGCAACGAGGCUGGGGAGAUCUUUCUAUUUUGCAAAGGAGCUGACAAUAUCAUCUUUGACAGACUAGCGGACAAUGGUAGGAUAUAUCAGCAGGCUACAACGGCUCAUCUAUCAAAUUAUGCAGAAGAUGGUCUACGCACGAUGUUGUUUGCAUACAAGAAGAUUGAAGUGGUAGAAUAUGAGAGUUGGAAUACAUUGUUUACAAAAGCCAAGGCAACAGUAGGUACUGAAAGAGAAGAGCUACUUGAGCAUGCCUCUGAAAUGAUUGAAAAAGAUUUGUUUUUGCUGGGGGCAGUAGCAGUUGAGGAUAAGCUACAGAAGGGGGUUCCUGAGUGCAUUGAUAAACUUGCACAAGCUGGGCUGAAAAUCUGGCUGCUAACUGGUGAUAAAAGAGAAACGGCAAUGAAUAUUGGAUUUGCUUGCAGUUUACUUCGCCAUGACAUGAAACAAUUCCAUUUGGUUUUGAGCAAAGAAGCUGAAUCCAGUCAUCAGUUAAAGGCUGUGGAAGAAGACAUUUUAUCCCAAAUCAGGAAUUCAUAUCAGGAAACUGUUAAAGGCAACAACAAGGAUGUCCCUUCUGCUUUGAUAGUGGAUGGGAAAGCCAUGGAAGUUGCUCUAAGAAGCGAGAUCAGCAACCAGUUCUUACAGUUAGCAGUAAUGUGUGAUUCAGUGAUAUGCUGCCGUGUUUCUCCCAAGCAAAAAGCUUUGAUCACUCGCCUUGUAAAAGAAUACACAGGUAAGACAACCUUAGCAAUUGGAGAUGGAGCAAAUGACGCGGUCAUGGCAAGUGACUUUUCUUUGCCUCAGUUCUAUUUCUUGGAACGUUUACUAAUAGUUCAUGGGCAUUGGUGUUACAAGAGAAUCUCCAAGAUGAUUCUCUACUUCGUGUACAAAAAUGUUGCAUUUGGCUUGACAUUAUUCUACAAUGAAAUUUACAGCAAUUUCUCGGGUGAUGAUCUGUAUGACGAUUGGUAUAUGGUCCUAUUCAAUGUUCUGUUGACAUCUUUGCCUGUGAUUGCACUAGGUGUUCUAGAGCAGGAUGUUUCAGCUGAUGUCUGUCUGCAGUUUCCAGCACUUUAUCAACAGGGACAAAGAAACAUAUGUUUCAGCUGGAAACGUAUCUUUGGCUGGAUAUUGAAUGCCACUCUUUCUUCUGUAGCUAUCUUCACAGUCACCAUAUACAUAUUUUCUCCAGCUGCACUCAGACAAGAUGGAAAGGUGGCAGAUCUAGCACACAUCGGAACCAUCAUGUAUACAUGUGUAAUCUGGAUAGUAAACUGCCAGAUUGCACUCAUAGUCACACACUUCACUUGGAUUACCCAUGUUCUGAUCUGGGGAAGCAUCUUGUGCUGGUAUAUCUUCUUAGUCUUGUAUGGUAUGCUUCCUCCUGAGCAUUCUCAAGGUGGUUUUCACAUCCUUAUUGAGGCCAUUGGGACUGCACCAAUGUAUUGGAUUGUAACAUUUCUUGUAGUAGUUGUUACACUCCUUCCAUACUUCAUUUUCACUAUAAUCCAAAGAUCAUUCUACCCCAUGGAUGAUCAUGUGAUCCAAGAGAUCAAGUACGGUAGAACGGAUGUAAGCAACAAACCAAUGUGGUUGAGGGAGCAGCAGAACUCCAGGAAGAGGAUUCAAAUUGGAUUUUCUGCAAGAGUUGAUGCAAAAAUUCGUCACUUGAAGGAAAGAUUGCACCGAACGAAAAAAUGA